AUGGCCCCAGCAUUGACCCAUCCUACGGGUGUGACUUUUGUCGACGACGCCCAACGCCCUGUCCACACCGAAGCGGCCGACUAUUAUGGCGGCGAGGAGCGGUUCAGCCGAUCACGAACAUACAGCGCGUCGUUUGCCCAUGCUUAUGACCCAAGGCGUGCCCCGGCUUUCGAGAACGUUGGGCAUCAGAGACGGAGGCGCAUGUCCCAUGAUGAGCAGCCCAGUGGGCCGCGACGGUUCUUGAUCGACGUAGAGGAGACGAUCCGUGUUGUUCUUGAGCAAGAAGAUACCGAUGGUGACUUCCAGAUCAGCGUCACUGAUGCGGGCCCGAAACUGAUGUCGCUGGGGACUGCCACCAGCAAUGGAUUCAAGACUUUUGAUAUCAGGGGAACAUAUAUGCUAUCAAACCUGUUGCAGGAGCUCGCUCUUGCGCGUGACCACGGCAGAAAACGUAUCGUGCUCGAUGAAGCCCGUCUAACUGAGAACCCAGUCGAUCGUCUUUCGCGCAUGAUCAAGAACUCGUUCUGGCACGCCCUGACCCGUCGCAUCGACGGCGACGGUCUUGAGAUCAUCUGCGCAGACCCGAAGAACCGAACCGGUCGCGUCAACCCGCGCAUUUAUAUACCACAUGGCGAGCCUGCGAUGGCUGAGUAUUAUUCAAAAGUAGCGGCGGAGAAGCCGCACCUCAACCUGGAUGUGCAGGUGCUGCCGCCAAAGCCAGAUGAUCAGUACUUUGUGAAGAGUUUGAACCGCAAGCCGGGUAUCCUUGCCCUGGCGAUGAACGAGAUCGAUGAUGGCAAAGGUGGAAAGACAUUGAAGGGCAUACCAUUCGUCGUCCCAGGUGCUCGGUUCAAUGAGUUGUACAACUGGGACUCGUAUUUCAUCUCGCUCGGCCUGCUGGUGGAUGGAUAUGUCAACAUGGCCAAGGGCAUGGUGGACCACUUCAUCUUCGAGAUCAAGCACUACGGCAAGAUCUUGAACGGAAGCCGGAGCUACUACCUCUGCCGCACGCAGCCACCCUUCUUGACCGACAUGGCCCUCCAAAUCUACAACCAGCUGGACCGGACAGAUAUGGAGGCGAACCGCGCCUGGUUGAAGCGUGCUAUCCAGGCAGCUAUCAAGGAGUACCACACGAUCUGGGUUGCGGAGCCUCGCAUGGACCCUAAGACGGGACUGUCGCGCUACCGCCCGGACGGCGUCGGCAUUCCUCCCGAGACGGAGGCGACGCACUUCACGCACAUCCUCGAGCCGUACGCUGCGAAGCACGGGAUCUCUGUGCUCGAGUUCAGCGAGAAAUACAACAACGGGAUCAUCAAGGAGCCGGAGCUGGACGAGUACUUCCUGCACGACCGCGCGGUGCGCGAGUCGGGACACGACACGACGUAUCGCUUCGAGAAGCGCUGCGCAAACCUCGGCACGAUCGAUUUGCAGGCGUUGCUGUAUAAGUACGAGGUCGACAUCGGCACGGCCAUUCGAGAAGUAUUCGACGACGAGCUCGAGCUCGAGGAGGACUUCCCGCUCGCGCCGUUCCCGCCAUCGCCCGAGACGUACGCGAGUCCUCACCGUGAGAGCUCGCGCGCGAGGCCGCAGACGAGCGCGAUCUGGUUCCAGCGCGCCGAGUUCCGGAAGAAGAUGAUCGACAAGUACUGCUGGAACGAGAGCAAGAGCCUGUACUUUGAUUACGACACCGUGCAAGAGAAGCAGAUUUUGUAUGAGAGCGUCACUGCGUUCUGGACGCUGUGGGCGGGAUGUGCGAGCGAGGAACAGUGCUGGAAACUCAUCACCCAUUCAUUGAAAAAAUUCGAAGUCUUGGGUGGGCUCGUCUCGGGUACAGAGGAGUCUCGAGGAAAGAUUUCGCUUGACAGGCCGAAUCGUCAAUGGGACUACCCCUACGCAUGGCCCCCUCAUCAGAUCAUGGCAUGGGUCGGUCUCGAACGCUAUGGGUAUCUCGAGGAAGCACAGAGGCUGGCCUACAGGUGGCUGUACAUGAUGACGACGGCGUUUGUGGACUUUAACGGCGUGGUUCCCGAAAAGUUUGACGCGGUCAAGCUUUCUCAUCUCGUGGACGCCGAGUAUGGUAAUCAGGGUGUCGAUUUCAAGAUGGUGCCUAGGGAAGGGUUCGGCUGGAUGAAUGCCGCCUACCAAGUCGGCCUGACUUUCCUCUCCACUGGUAUGCGCCGCGCGGUAUCAGCAUGUACAAGUCCGGAAGUGGUCUUCGGCGCAUCAGCGAACCAACAGCCCGUCAACGCUCCUGCAUUCUCAACACCCACAGAUGCACUCGACCUCGCUUUGGGGUCGUUACAGCUCAAUCCCUCUCAUCCUAUCGCAGACGCCCAACACUCAAGCUCCAAGUAG